CUUGUUUCGUUGGCGUUCCUGGCAAGUGCUGGAAUAACUUUCUUGGUAUUGGGUUGUGCAUUGCCACAGUACAACAAUUGGUGGAUGAUGUUUGUACUUAUCUUCUACUUUUUGUCGCCUAUACCAUCUCUCAUUUCUCGCCGAUUUGCCGAAACGGUUGAAUCGAGUAAUGCACUGAUUGAAAUCUGCAUAUUCAUCACCACUUGCAUUUUCAUUUCUGCUUUUGGUUUGCCCAUUGUCUUGGCUCACAAAGACAUUGUGAAGUGGGGGGCAUGUGGCUUAGUAUUGGCAGGCAACGUAGUUGUCUUCAGCACCAUAUUCCUCUUCUUUGUUUUCUUUGCUAAAGAAGAUUCCUUCCAAUAUAGUUCUUGGUGA